UAGCCGGUCCCUCUCUCGUUCUCUACGGAGCAGAGUCGCUUGUGGUGAACCUCUCUUCUCGCUCCGUAUCGGUCUCUGUCGGUCAUCCUACUACGGUGACGUCGUAACCGUCGGUGCUUCUUCGAUGAUAAGCACGUGUGCGUGCCACUACCUGCUGCGUGUACGUGCGUGCGUUAGAGUCGCGAGCCACUUCGUAUCGGCGUGCAGUUAGUGACCGGGCUGCGUUACCAUCUAAGUCCACGGGCUUAGAGUAUCACCGAGUAAAUCUUACUACCGCGGAGUUUUAGUUGGUUUGUUCUGAUUCUGCUUGUUGGUUUAUUUGCUUCGAAGAGUCAUUCGGUUCGUUUCUUAUUUUUGUGACGAAGCCAGUUACGAACGGAUCACCGGCGUAACCAUGGAUAUCCUGCCGAGUGGGAACAUAUUUAGGGAGUUGCAGGACAUACACGACACCGGAUACUUUUCGGCCCAGCCGUCGCUCGAGGAUCAUUGGCAACAGACAUGCUACGAGAUGGAGAGGUACCUGAAGGACGAGCCGAAGCUGCAGUCGUACAAAAAGUUGCCCACAGAGUUAGACACAGCACCUUGGAACCUCUUCAGGGCGCCUCCUAUCUCGUGGACAGCGUCCACUGGCACCGCCAACGCACAAUUCGAAUCGCCAAUCAAAAUGGAGGUGACGACGUCGUCGGAAGACAGGGAAACGCUCUGUCUGGACGAUAUUAAGUUCAGUCCCGGCGAUCACAACCACAAUGGCCGCGAUAGGGAUCUCCUGGACCGACACCUCGAUUCCUUGUCGAUGUCGUCGUCGAGUUCGGCGUGUUCGGCGUUGUCCUGGGACAGCUCGCCCUCCGUCUCGUGCACGGCGUUCAUUCUCAAGAAAGAGCCAAGCGAGGACCUCGAAGAGGACGAGGAGCACGAGGAAAUCGAGGAGGAGGAGGACAGCGGCUGCGAAAGCGAAGGUCAAAUCCUGACACCACCGUCGAGCCCAGGCUCGGGUCAAGGUCAUUCCAACUCCAGUCACUCGUCGAGCGGGAGUACGAUGCUCGACGUGCAGAACCUCAACCUUCAUGGGACGGGCGGCAGGAGUGCCAUCGUCAGGGUUACCACCAGCAACGCGCAGGGUGUCGCAAGACUGAUCUCCGUCACAAAUGGCUACCCCGCGGUGGCGAGCACGCAACACGCACACGCAGGGACAACUGCAGCCGCGAGCACCGUGGCCAACAGGCACCACGCGAGGAGCCACGAGCACAGUCCGCCUGACACGAAGCGCAGGAUACACAAAUGCCAAUUUCCGGGUUGCAAGAAAGUCUACACGAAGAGUUCGCAUCUGAAGGCACAUCAGAGGACGCAUACGGGAGAGAAGCCGUACAAGUGCAGCUGGGAGGGUUGCGAGUGGCGAUUCGCGCGUUCCGACGAGCUGACCCGCCACUACCGCAAGCACACCGGCGCGAAGCCGUUCAAGUGCCGGCACUGCGACCGAUGCUUCUCUCGCAGCGAUCACCUAGCCCUCCACAUGAAGAGACACGUGUAAUCGAUCGUGACCGCGAACGGUCCUCAACGCGCGGCACAGUCCAGGACCGGCAUACGAAGCUCCUUCCUCCCCGAGGAUGAUUCCCGAGGCCGGGCGUGCGACGCGGCCUCCCCGUGUGAUCGCGUUUCUUCCAUAGACACCUGACCGAUCCGCCAUCGCGAACAACAACGAUCAUCAUAAACGACUGUGUAGAGCCCCAGGCCACGCCCUACCCACGUGGUCCACGUCGGAGUUUAAUUCGAUCGUUCGUAAUUACACACACACAUACGUAUAUAUAUACAUAUAAUGUACACGCGGGUUGUAUCCAGGUGUGAAACUGAGAGAAGGAAAAAAGAAAGAAAAGAGAGAAAGAAAGGGGAAAUCGAUGAUCGGCGAGACGACCGGCGGAGGAAUUUCUGCUCCCCGAACGAUCCAAGUUUGUUCCUUCGAACGAUCAGAGGAGGAGGGAUUUAUUCGAUCGAUGGAGAAAAUACGAUCGACUCGCUCGUAGCCGCGUCGUCGAGAGGGACGAGUUCACGACGCUGAUAUAUACGUAACGAUCGACUCGGUUGCGAUUGGAAAUUGCAACCAGGAAGCAUAGGCCUCGCUCUUCCUUCCGUUCUCCUCGAGCCAGUUCAUUUCGAAUUUGGGAAAGACCGAGUGGAGGAGAGGCGGUUUGCGUGUUUAAAAAGGACGAACGAUACGACGGUGUUCCUUCUUCUGCUCUCUACGCGAGACGGACAGGCUGACGAUACAGAGACGAUCGGACAAAAACGGAGGCCUCCUGGACUACGGAGCACAGCUGAGAAAGAGAAGUCUGUCAGUACGGGACGUUAAUCACUGCCAAUUCAUUAAAUCGUAAGAUCAGCAGCGCUUGGAACACCGUCGCGUACAAUCGAGCCGAACCGCGGGCGAAUAACUGUCUCGAGGACGAGGAGGAAGCGGAGCGAGCGGAGGAGGAAGAAUCGUCCAGCGACAACGGUGUGCAAGCUCGCGUGAAUCCUUGUGAGCCGUCUGCCUCUACGCGUAAAACGGUCGAAUUCCCCGGAAAAGGAGGAAACCUCUCAACGGUCGCGUAGAAACACCGCGAUCGCGAAGCAAACGAAAACAGAGAAAAACAGAAAAGCACUUGAAAAAAGAAAAAAAAAAAAGAAAAUAGAAGUAACGGGAAAAAAAUAACAAAACACAAAAAGAGAGCAAAAACGGCGAUGUUUCGAAAAGGUGUCGCGGGUAGAUUCGUACGAAAGUCAAGGGAAACCCGGUUCGCGAGGACAAUAAUACGCUGUCUGUCGGUGCCAAAACGUUAUUUCCUUUCUCCUUUCAUUUCCACGUCUCUCUUCUCUCUCACGCACACACACACACACGCGCGCAUACUUGUACACAGUUUCUCCCUUUCCUGUUCUGUCCCGAUAUGAAUGGGGAGCUUGGAGGAAAGCUGUUCGUGGGUGGAAAACGUGCACGACGCUUUUGAGCUUCGAUCCUUCGACAAGGGGCGGCAGGGGUGGGGAGGGGGUAAUAAUCGAAAUUGUAUUCGCGACUCGGUGGAACGCGUCGCAAAAGGGUGGCACGGAGUCGAUGAAGGGAGUGGGGGCACACGGAGGACGAGGCGUAAUUGAAUACGUGAUUUCCGCCAGUUUCGACGGGGGCAAAGUUUACCCGCUAAUCCCGAAUUUACAAUGCGAAUUAUAUCGCGAGGCUGUCUCUCUCUCUCUCUCUCUCCCCUCUAUCGACACUCUCCACCCGCGCACACCUCUCCGUAACCUUUCAUCCUGGCCUCGUUUUCCACCGGUUUCGAUCUGCUCUAUCGUAUACUACUCGGGCGAUAAGAAAAAGUCAUGCACUUCUUCCGACCACGACGAUUCGACCGUUUUACCGCAAAAUUUUCCAGCGACGAAACUUCCAGGCGAGCGAGACGAUCUUCGAGGAGGAAAGAGAAGUUACGCCGGAGUUGCUCUCUUUCCUCGGGAAAGAGACAACGAGCGAGAUCGAGAAGGGCUUCUUCUUUCACGUAGCGGCGCGCGUCCUUAUGGUUCUCAAUAACGAGACACGAGAUGAAAAUCUACCAAAAAAAAAAAAAAAAAAUACACGGAAUCUGAGACUUUGUACUUUUGUACUACGGUGAAUUGCUUCGACUAGGUGUACACCCAUAUUAUUCCGACUCUCUUCGUUUGUCACACGCAAAUCACGAUCGGAACGAACGCGGAGAGCGCGCGAGCGCGGCAACGGCGGUUGAUUAGGGGUGGCGACGCGUCCCGGCGCGGCGGGCAAGAUUCUUGUCGGAGGCUCAACAGAAAUAAAUGAUAUAUAUAUAUUUUUUAAUAUUCUCGUCUUACUCACCGAAACAAUAUAUUGUUAUACAUAAGGGAUUAUACAAAGUAUAAAAAAAAAAAAAAAACGGGCAACAUUCCGCACAAAGCUCUAGAACCGUUUCCACGCGUCAGACUCGCCCGUCGAGCACGCCACCCCCUGUCGUGAGCGCGCGCGCGCGCGCGUGAAAUGAACGGAAAAGAGAGGGAAAGGAAAUAGAGCAGCAGAUAUACGAGGCAGACGGCGAACUCGUAUACACACCGAUCCUCUGUGUCUCGCGGACGUUACUGAACGCUUCCGGUCGGAGCGCACCGUUGUGUUCUCGCUAAUCAUCGAUUUCCGCACCGGACGAGCGGAAUCGAAAUCACGUGUGGGGGUUAUAUAUACAUAUAGAGAGAGAGAGAGAGAGAGAGGAGGGAUAUAUAUAAAUGAACGAGACUAGGGAGAGAAAAAGUGGCAGGAGAGAAGACAAGAGGAGAAACGAGGUAACGUGUAUUAAGGAAUGGGAAAAACGACGAGACGGGAGGUAACGUUGACCUGAGAUACAAACACACUGUAUCCAGGGGGGACUGAACUGAAUGGAUGGAUCGUAGAUCGCUCGUCGAACGGGAACGGUUGAACAAAAUAUAGUAGCGAAGAAACUGGAGAAAAAAAAAUAAAUAAACAGAUGAGAAAUAGAGUAAUAACGUAAGGAAAAAAAAAA